CUAAACUAAUUGUUUAUUGCCAAUCUCCUUUAAAAUAUUGGUAUCUUUUUUCAGCUUGUAACAGUCCUCUUGGUUUGGAAAAUGGAAGCAUUACCGACAGCCAGCUUUCAGCCUCUUCCCACAGAGCGUACAUGUAUGUUUCCAGACUUAGCCGCUCAUACAAUAUGGAGGCGAAACAUGGCCGCUUGAAUAACAAGCUUGCGUGGUGUGGUCUUGGUCCGUUCAAAGAUAUUCGUCCCGUCUCGUAUUUCCAGGUUGAUUUCGGCGAAGUGGUUAAUGUGACCGGUCUUGCAACACAAGGAUUUGAUAAUUUCAAUUCAUAUUAUGUCAAGACUUAUGAACUUGGCUUCAGUUUGAAUGGCAGUGAUUGGUUCAAUUACAGUUCGCCUAAUAAGGUCGGUACAAGGGCAGGGCUGCCUCGAAAGGGGAGGGCGUUUGGGGCGCUAACCCAUUUAGUUAAACCAACUACUGACUGAGUAUUUUUUGUCUGUGUCUAAACAUAGUGUCCUUUACACGCGUAAAAAUCUCACAUCUUGUAGCAAGUUUGCCAACAAGCUGUCAACAAGUUGUGUUCGCACUGCUUGUCCAAAGUUUUUAACAAGUUUGGAACAAGCUGUUGACAAAGUUAUAACAACCUUGUUGAUAUUAUCAGACUUGUUGCUAGGUUGUUCCAACAAGUCUGAUACAAUCAUGAUCUAACAAUAUUGUUACAACUUUGUGUCGUCAACCUUGUAACAUUCUUGUUAGGGACGGACCAUUAGAUAUUUGAGGGGGUGGUUGCAGCUUUUUUCCUUGCAGGAUUUUUUUUUGGACGCACAUGUUGUGCACGCUUUUUUUUCCGUUUAACGCUUGCAAGAAUUUUUUUAUUUGUAGUUUUUAAUAGGGGCGGGUUACAAUAUCGUUGAAAGAAAAUUUGAUAGUGUAAACAAGCCCUUUCGACAGCUGUGACUGCUCCGUUUCCGGCCAGUGGCGUAGCCAGACCUUCAUUUUUGCCUCUGCACGCCAUACAGCCCGUAUGCCCGUUUGCAGGUUUUGUCGCCUUAAUUUUUCAAACUCCUGUGCCUUCACAAAUUUGGAAGCUUCGCAUAAUGAAAUAAUGGGUGAUCAUCAGGAUUGUCACGGCAUUCUAUGUUUUAUAUCCAGAAGUUCCAAAUAGGGAAUUGGAGUUUACUCUCAUAGGAUGGAUGCUUGCACGAAUUUUUUUUUUCAAGUUUUCUUCUCGCACGUUUUUUUUUAAGGAUAAAGGCUUGCUCGAAUUUUUUUUUUGAUUUCUGCAACCACCCCCUCAAAUAUCUAAUGGUCCGUCCCUUAUAUCAUGACUGUAUCAGACAUGUUGGAACAACCUUGUAACAAGUCUGAUAAUACCAUCAAGCUUGUUACAAGUUGUUAACAGCUUGUUCCAAACUUCUUACAACAACAACUGGGAACGAGCAGUACGAACACAUUUCCUUGACAGGCUGUGAUAUUUUUGCGUGGGUAGUUGACUAUAGUCUUCAGUUCAGGGAAGUAGUCUGUCAAGUUUGUUGGGCUUAUAAUUAUAUAGUGGAAUAUACGUGUUAGAGUUGCCUUCAAAUUUUCAAGUUGCAAACCCUCGACAAAUUUCCAGCGGCUGUUUGCCAUUUUUCGGCGAAUGGUGCUCGUGCGCUCGAGUAUUUUUGCCGCCACUCCGCUACCAAUUAGCCAUUCCGAAGUUGAUGAGUGGACUGGGGACGAAUGUUAAAAAGUGCCCAAAUUUAGAAAUGAACCAAAUCACUAAAAAGACCACCUCAAAAUUAGUAAGUAUACAAAGUUUGAAGACGCGCGUCCCCAAAACAAUCUUUUAAUCAGCAAUUUCACAAUUUUCGAAAGCUUAUUAUUCGAAGGGUAUUCAUGUAAACGUCUUCAAACUUUGUAUACUUACUAAUUUUGAGGUGGUCUUUUCAGCUAUUUGGUUCAUUUCUUAAUUUGGCCACUUUUUAACACUCGUCCCCAGUCCUCUCAUCAACUUCGGAAUGGCUCAUACUCCUCAACAUUUCAUUUACAUUGAUAGUUGAAGGGUCUUAUCGAGUGUUAAUUUAUAUACAUUUAUUAGACUUAACCAGGAAAAAUGCAACUAUAGAUCCCUGGCAGGAAUAGAACCUGCGAUCCCGGUGCUGCGCUCUAACCAAAUUAGCCUGCGAACAGGCUCUCAAGCUGAAUUGAGAGCCUGCAUCGAUGACUAAUGAAUUUGAAUAUCUGCGUCUCAAAUCAUGACGCGAAAUUCUCAUUGGUCAGAUGCUAUAAUUUAUAUUAUUCCGCUGAGCUCUAUAUAUGUCAACUGCUAAGCACUAUGGAUAAAAAACACAUUAACUGAUCAAAUUGGUCUUGGCCAUCUUAUCUCAAAGCACGAAAUGUUCUGUUUUGAGAAAACAGUAUUUAAAACAUUUAAAGUUUUGCUUCAAUAUCUUAUAUUUCGAAAAACAGUAUAAACUGUACGGUCUAAAUUUAGUUUGCAUGGUCUAAAUUUAGUUUGCACGAAAGUUGUAAACAACACCAUAUAAGGAUAGACAUUCCAUAUUUGGAAAAACGAACGUUACGGGGCAGAUAUUCAAAUUCAUUAGUCAUCGAUGCAGGCUCUCAAUUCAGCUUGAGAGCCUGUUCGCAGGCUAUAACCAAAUGAGUUCAUGCACCAGAAUUGCAGGAUUACAGGUUCGAUUCCUACCAGGGACCUAUAGUUGCAUUUUUCGCAGCUGUUCCUGGUUAGGUUUAAUAGGCCCGUUUCAGACGGCGUACUUCUCAUGUGCCGAACUUAAUUGAUGAAUUAGGUACGGCAGAAGAGCGACGUAUGAAUCAAUUAAGUACGGCAGAAUUUGGAGCGGCAAAAGUUCGACACAAGUUCGGCAGAGCUUGUCGCAUUAUGCGACGUUGGAGCGACAUUGAUUCAUACGCCGCUCCACUCAUGUGCCAAACUUAACUCAACUUUAGUCUAAAAAUAAACUUAUUUAUUUUGAAUUUUAUUGAGGUUUCGCUGGCGAAUGCGCCCCAACCUUGUCAAUAACAUUGUAUUUGGUACGCCGUUUGAAUCACUGCCAUUCUUGUGUCGCAUCUAAUACAAUUAAGUUUGGCACAUGAAGAGUACGCCGUCUGAAACGGGCCAUAGAUGUAUAUAAAUUUCCACUCGAUAAUUUCCAUUAGCAAAGCCUUCAACAUUUAAUCGAGCGAGACGCCAACAAAAUUUUGAUAUCAUCAACUGUUACUCUCUGUUUGCGAUCUUUUAAGAAAUCUAUCAUCCAAUUUAUGAUGUACGGGUUAAAAGGCAAUUUCUUAACUUUUCCAAAUAGUAUGUCGUGUGGGACACUGUCAAAAGCCUUGCUAAAGUCAAAUGAUAGUACUCUAAGGGGACAUGACUUUGAGCUGCCCUUAGUAAGAACUGAAAGAUUUAAAAAAUCUUUUGUAAAUAGAUGUCUUUUCAAUUUUAUCUAGUGCAUGAUACAUUUUAAUAAUUUUUACCAAUACUGUAGAAUUUUACUAGUUUUAUUAAAUUAUUGAUGUAAAUAAUUAACGUAAAAUAGACUAUAUACUUUAUUUUUAUAAUUUCAUGUAAACUCGGACCUGUGUUUCGAGUAUUGAUUAAUAAAGACUAUUAUUAUUAUUAUUAUUAUUAUUAUUUACCCCAUUUACAUCAAUACAUACGUUUGUCACAUGUAGGUAUGGCAAGGGAACAUGGAUGGUGACACUGUGAAGACGAAUCAUUUUAACAAGUCAUUCCAAACUAGAUAUCUCCGUAUCUUACCUGAGAAAUAUAGCUAUCAUCGUUGUCUCCGUGUUGAGGUUUAUGGCUGUCGCCUGGGUGAAGAUGGUAGGAAUAAUGAAGAAUUUGGAAAUAUGUUAAUUAAAUGAUGAACAAUUGAAUCGCAAUUAUUUAGCCUGAUUAUAAUUACUAUAAUUUAGCCUGACACAAACCUUAAUCUGAUUGCUCCCCACCACCCACAAAAAGGUUUAUAUUUAGCUAUAGUAUUCAUGAGCACGUUCAUGCAUAUAUAUACCAAAAUCUGGUAUACUUCAUGAGCAUAUGCAUGCUCGCAGAUAUAUCAAAAUCCAGUAUACUCAUCAGCAUGCUCUUAUAUAUAUUAAAAUCCGGUAUUCUCAUGAGCAUGCUUAAAUAUAUAUAUCUAUACCAAAAUCCAGUAUACUUAUGAGCAUGAGUGAGUAGAAUGGCUGUAGAAUGGCUGUUGCAUUCACAGACUUUUCAGCAUGGCAUGAUGAAUUUUCUUUUUACAGUACCAGUGGCAACAAGUUCAGUAGCAAAAGUGGUUGCCACGCCAACAGUUCCCAUGUCAACGAGAUUGGUUGCCAAGGCAACAACAGUUGCAACAACCGCACAGAUUACAAAUACACCAACUGUAGAUCCAGCCAGUCAAGGUAUGUUAGCUUUGGAUUAGCCUCCUCCGCUGGCAUUUCUAUGAGUUUUAGCCUGCGAAUGGGUGUUCGAAAAAUUCCCCAGGUAAAGUGCCUGCGGAGGAGGCUAGCUUUGGAUAUGGAUAACCCUAGUGCCUUUGUCGAGUUUCCACUGUGGAUUCUUAAAACCAGGAAUCUCGAGGGCUCAGCCCCCCCUCCGCCAAACUGAAAGAAGAUUAUAGCAGGGGUGGGGGGCAAGCCCCUCUGAGCUCCUCUUCCACCAUUACCCUUGCUUGUAAACCCUAAGGCCUGUUUCAAACGUCGCAUUUUGCGUGUGUCACAUCCAGUCGCUUGAAUUGUGUGCUGAACAGUUGGGCUUAAAAUAUUCUUACAACAGUUAUUUAAAUUUCUGAGUACAGUACCGCAAGGUACGAAGGAUAGAUAGGUAGAUUGUUUAGAAAAGAUUAUGUUAAUUAUUUACUUACAAAGAUAAUAGAUUAAUAUAUUACAUUAUUAGUGAAGUUAAAAAUUCAAAACUAAUGGUAAUUUACAAUGGUAGACAUACAAGGAAUGAAUGACUUAUUGAAGCGAUCAGUAUACUACAAAGCGGAAUGUUAAAAUGGCGAAUACGUCUUAAAUUUUAUUCAGGCUGAUACUUUGGAGGGACUAGAAAUUGAAUUAAAAGUUUUUAAUUUGUAGUACUUUUGCAGUUGUUUGUAAUAGAUUCAUCAUACUUUCAUACUUUCUCCUGAAAGAUGUUCUUUGAAUGAUCUUCGGUAUGAAGCUUUACCGUCAUUGCAGGCAACGCCCAAGCCGAAUUGUAUUGCACACAUGCAAAAUACGACGUUUGAAUCAGGCCUAUAAAUCAAUAACGAAUAACCUAGUAAAUACAGGGAUGGAUCCAGCAUGAUCUGGUAGGGGUGCUCUGCCAGCUCUGGUGCCGAGUUGUGUCGGUCAUGUUUGCCGCCCGCCCAUCAACUUGCUUCACUACGGCAAAGUCUUACUUGACUACUGUAUUUGAAUUGUAAUUGUUGUUCACAGUUCGCUUAUCAUCAUGUUAUUACUCAAAUUACUGUAUCUCAUUUUGUCUCUAAUAAUUUUUUGCUUUAUCAUGAAAAAUAGCACCCCCCCCUGCACUCCUCUGGUGCACCCCCGCACCCCCCCUCAGUAAAUCCAUCCCUGAGUAAAUAUAAUCCUAUGUAUUUUAUUUCUGUAGUUUGUAAUAACCCACUUGGUUUCCAAGAUGGUCGGGUUAAAGACAGCCAGCUCAAUGCUACCUCCUACAGAUCGUACAUGUAUGUUUCCAGACUUAGCCGCUCAUACAACAUGGAGGCGAAACAUGGCCGCUUGAACAACAAGCUUGCGUGGUGUGGUCUGGGCCCGUUCAAAGAUAUUCGUCCCGUUUCGUAUUUCCAGGUUGAUUUUGGUGGGUCGGUUAAUGUAACAGGUCUUGCAACACAAGGCUUUGACGAUUUGCAUCCUUAUUAUAUCAAGACUUAUAAACUUGGCUUUAGUUUAAAUGGACAAGAUUGGUUCGAUUAUAGCUCGCCCAAUAAGGUAAGUGGAUGAUGAUCAACUUUAUUUCAAACACACAAAUCUUUUCAACAUACUGUUGAUUUCCAAAAGAGGUGUGCUAAUAUUAUACAAAACACAGAUUUAUAAAACUUAUUUAAAUAUUACUAUAUUAAUUAUAUCCAACAUGCAAUAACUUAGUACUAUGGGACUAAACUGCAUGAUUGUGAAGUUCUUGUAGGUAUAUAUAGGGCUCACUGGUUCAUACCUAUAGCUUUAAUAUACACAUUCAAUUUCGCAGUUGAUCAAGCAAAUCGAUAUCAAGUUUUGCUCCAGCGCUUCUUCGGGCAUAGGUGAUCACCAUCGUUCUACUGGAUCACCAUCUUUCUACUGUAUCACCAUCUUUCUACUGUAUCACCAUUUUUCUAGUGUAUCACCAUCUUUCUAGUGUAUCACCAUUUUUCUGCUGUAUCACCAUUUUUCUACUGUAUCACCAUCUUUCUACUGUAUCACCAUCUUUCUACUGUAUCACCAUCUUUCUACUGUAUCACCAUCUUUCUACUGUACCACCACCAUCUUUCUACUGUACCACCAUCUUUCUACUGUAUCACCAUAUUUCUACUGUAUCACCACCAUCUUUCUACUUUAUCACCACCAUCUUUCUACUGUAUCACCAUCUUUCUACUGUAUCACCACCAUCUUUCUACUGUAUCACCACCAUCUUUCUACUGUAUCACCAUCUUUCUACUGUAUCACCAUCUUUCUACUGUACCACCAUCUUUCUACUGUACCACCAUCUUUCUACUGUAUCACCAUCUUUCUACUGUAUCACCACCAUCUUUCUACUGUAUCACCACCAUCUUUCUACUGUAUCACCAUCUUUCUACUGUAUCAUCAUCUUUCUACUGUAUCACCAUCUUUCUACUGUACCACCAUCUUUCUACUGUACCACCAUCUUUCUACUGUAUCACCACCAUCUUUCUACUGUAUCCCCACCUUCUUUCUACUGCAUCACCAUCUUUCUACUGUAUCAUCAUCUUUCUACUGUAUCACCAUCUUUCUACUGUAUCACCAUCUUUCUACUGUAUCACCAUCUUUCUACUGUAUUGCAGAUAUGGCAGGGUAACAAUGAUGGUAAUUCAAUAAACAGAGUUAUCUUCAGUAAAUCGAUCCAGACAAGAUAUUUUCGCAUAUAUCCUCAGAAGUACAAUUUAAAUAGAUGUCUCCGUGUUGAAGUCUAUGGAUGUCGCUCAAGUCAAAACGGUAGGUUGACAAACUGAGCAGGCUAAUAGCACAGGGAAAAUAGACAAUUCCCAUUAUAGACUAAUUUUAAUAUAUAUCAUUUUAAAUGUUCUUUCAAAUAAGACAAACUUAAUUGAUAUUGCCGUAUCCCUUUAAGGCUCAAAAUAGCUAGACAAGGUAUCUUUCCGCGAGACCAGACAGCACUCCCCAAGGAUUUCGACGGUUGUGUUUUAAGAAAUUUUUCAAAAAUAAGAAUCAGGAUAAUUUUGUAUACGUGGAUACAACAGCUCAGUAAAACUUGAUUUCUUUUGAACUUUCUUCAUGAAUUAUUCAUGAUUUUCACAAACACUUUUAACCUGUGUUAUUUGUUUUACAGGCCAUCAGACUUUGCUACCAACUACACAAAUGACGUCACCUCUGAUAUCGGCAACCCGGACGCCUGCGUUACAGACACCAUCGAUAACCGUUGCAAAUUCUGAUAUCAAUGGCGAAGCCAAGACUACCAACGCGGAAAUCGCUCCUAGCCAAACAUAUACACCAAGUAGUUUGCCGGGUCAGACGAAGACCGACACUCGUGCAACCUCGGUAACUCGAGACAAUGUAGUGUUGUUGCUUGGUGUCUGUAUUGGUGGUGCUGUGUUGGUCAUCAUCACCAUUCUUGUUUUCAUGUUAUUGAGAAGGAGCUCACGCACACGAGGGGCCAAGAUAACUCGCAGGUAUCACACCACUUGUUUCCAGCUACCAAACUGACGUUAUGUUAUUUGAUCAAUAGAUGAUCAAUAGAUGUCAUUUGAUCAAUAGAUGAUUAUGUCAUUUGAUCAAUUUCUAAAGUUGUUUCUUUUUGGACUUUUUUUUAUUAAUUUCGUUAGGGUUAGAGUUAAGGUUGAGUUUCACAAAUUCAUGUACUAUUUAAAACACGAGUAGGAGUGUUUUAUCAGAUAUAAAACGCGAGGCGCAGCCGAGCGUUUUAUGUCUGAUAAAACACGACAACGAGUGUUUCGAAUAGCUUAAAAUACGACUACAAAAGAAUACUGAUUAGGAUGAACCAUUAUAUAAACAUACGUACUAAUUAGGAUGAACAAUUAUAUAAUGCCACUUGCUUUAUCAGAUAUAAAGUCACUCCACGUGACAUAUUAUGGCCGACAUGAUUUGCCACAAGGUUUAUGAAUUAUUAAUGAGUAUUUUAAGUACUAUUUAAAAAACGAGCAGGAGUGUUUUAUUAGGUUUAGACCUAAUAAAACACGACCCGCGAGUUUUUUAAAUGACUUCAAAAACGUAAGCAUAAUAAGUCAAAUCUUUAUAUAAAAAUCUUUAUAUAAAAACCUUUAUAUAAAAAUCUUUAUAUAAAAAUCUUUAUAUAGUUUGCAUAACAAUGGUCUUUUGUUAAAGUGUUCUUUAGCUGGUAUAAAGACGUAUGCACGUGACUAAUUUCUUACUCAAGAUUGGAUAAUUGCUUCAUGAAUUAUUAAUGAGUUUUUGAAGUACUAUUUAAUAAACGAGUAGGAGUGUUUUAUCACAUAUAAAACACGACGCGUAGCGGAGUGUUUUAUAUGUGAUAAAACACGAACUACGAGUUUAUUAAACAGCUUCAAAAACGUCUCAGUUAGAUCACGGCAUUGGCGAAAUAAUUUUCCAAAAUAACUUUGUAUUAGCUGAGAAAAUACAAGUUGAAAUUUGAAGCGUGUUUUAUCACAUAUAAAGACACGUCACGCUUAUGACUUCUCUUUGUGUUUUCCUCAUGAAUUAUUAAUGAGUUUUUGAAAUAUAUUUAUUGUUAUUUUAGAAACUUAGUGGAAUGUCAAAUCGCUUUGGAACCAAAAAAUCCGGAAAGGUAAACUCUUUCAAAACGUUUCUAUAUUUGCUAAUUGCACGCGUGUAUACACAACAAGUUCUCUAUCCAGGUGAUCUUGAUACGCGGAAAAGUACUGGCACUAGUUGUCAAAUAGAAAUCCAUUUUAUGAUUAAAACAACUGAAUAUCUCCUGUAAUAUACUUUAUUUCGAUUCCAUAUUUUUGUCAGAGCUAUAGUUCUCAUAACCAAACAUAAUUACAAAAUUUCAACUAGUUUCAUAAAAAAUAAUGAAAGAUAUAAUUGACCAUUUGCGUAAUAGACUAAAUUUUGAACUCAACAAAAAUUUCAUCACAGCUUGAAAGAGCAUCACAAAAUUAGUAAUAUUCCAAAGUUUCGUUGCGAAAUGUUGUAAAAUGCGGAAAAUAUAGCCUUGCGAAGUUUGCAAUUUUCAGUCAUUUUAGAUUACAAAUGGGAAAUUUACAGCCCCAAACCCUUUGAGGCUGUCAAUUUUCCAUUUGUAAUCUAAAAUGACUGAAAAUUGCAAACUUCGCAAGGCUAUAUUUUCCGCAUUUUACAGCAUUUCGCAACGAAACUUUGGAUAAUUACUAAUUUUGUGAUGCUCUUUCAAGCUGUGAUGAAAUUUUUGUUGAGUUCAAAAUUUAGUCUAUUACGCAAAUGGUCAAUUGACUGAAUACAUCAAAAUGGAUUUCUAUUCGGACAACCCUUUCUGAGCGCUGAUUGGCUAAAAUACGAACACGAGAUCACCUGGAUGGAAACGUAAUUUAAAAUUAAUAUUAAUGCCCAGUAUGAGCAUUAGCUAUAGUAUUCAUUUUUAAAUCCAUCCAUGAAACGUUUUUGGUUUGUUCUGUCCGCCACAAAAGCUACUGUAUAUAACUGGCUAAAAUAAUAUUGUCUGGUUUGUUUAGGCUUGUCAAUGAAGGUUUUGUGUAGACAUGGUCACUUCUAUAUUUGCCAGCUGAUCAAAACCAGGCUUGUAUGGUUAGUUAUCCACUAUAUAUAUUUCAUAUGCUAGUUGUGUUUAGAUCUUAUGCUAGUUAGGCCGGGACCGUCUCGAAAUCUCGACACUUCUCUAUUGUGACUAAACUGCUAAAAAUCUCUUACUAGAAGUUUGAACACACAUAGUAAAACACUCAUGGUAAAGAUUGUGCUCAUCCAACCAUUAAAAUUCAAAAUUAUUUUUUACCCAAAUAUAUAUUAUCAAAUAUCAAUUAAAAAAUAAAUACCCACACCUGUCCAAAAACUUUACAAAAGGAUACCAUUCAGUUGUCACACAUGUCCUUUCCAUUUGAGUUUGAUUGUGCAAUUUUCUGCAGUGUAAUGUUUCAUGUUGUCUGUAUAUGUACUUUCUUUGGGGACACCAUUUGCCUGAUGACUGGAAAAUGGUGACUCUGAUUGAUUUACAUAUUGUAUUGACAUAUGACUGUUGACAUGGCUUUUUAGUCUUCAAUAUUUUAGCAAGUCCUACGCUUUGGAAAUGACCAUAAAUUUUUAUCACCCAACCCUUGAGUUGUUUCCAUAGAUAUCUUAUAUACACUAGAUAGCGCAUCUCUUUUAGUAAAAUUGAAGCCAAAAAUAUUCCAGCGGUUACCCCCAUUUGAAUAGAUGGCGGCCAUGUUGGUCGUUCCCACUUGCUAAUAAACGCUUAAAAACAACGACAACUUUCAUCAUUUGAAUGGUUUAAAAAGUAUUUGAAAUAGGGUUAACUUAAUGUUUAAGUUCCCUGUUUAAGAAGUAGAAAACAUACGAAUCUUCUCAUUUCAUGGGAACUACCUGAGACUGCAAUCACAGCUUCAAUUUUUGAAUUGCAGAAUAAUUAGAUGCACUAUCUAGUGUAUAUAAGAUAUCUAUGGUUGUUUCUCAUUUACCCUGCAGCCUUUUACCCACUCAAACUUUUUGUUUACCCAACCCCUUUAAGUCUCACCUCCCCCCACCCCCAUUCAGGGAAAAGUGUCGAAAUUUUGAGACGGGCCCUUAGUAACCAUAUAAUCACGUAGUUUAUUCGUAUUUUCGAUAUUGUCAGAUCGGUAAUAGAUUGCGGUGAAAUUUCAGUAUUAAUUCAAUCGUCCGUUUCGUUAAAAACGUUUUUUAAAAAGGUGAGUGCCAAUGGGUUGUUGGUUUUUUUUUCAACAAAUUUUUGUAAAGUUUCGUUAGACAUUGCAAUUUGUCUGACCCGUUUCACGUUUUAGUGCUAAAUGUAAAUGAUAUUCUGGUCACCUAACCAGUCGUGUAUACUUGCUGUUUACUCCAGGCUGAAAAUCAAAAAUUCCAUAUUUUUACUUUUUUACCUAAAGGGAUAUAGCAAUAUAAAUUAUAUGUUUGUCUUAUUUGAAAGACCAUUUAAAAUGAUAUAUAAACUUUCUUUACAAUUAUUCCGUAUCUUGCUUGGUUUUCGAAAUAAAUCGACUUGUUAUAUAGCUAGCAUGAACACCAAACGUGAUUGGCUGAUUUGUGGUCACGUGACUUCAGAUAAAUGCAAUGUUUCCCGCCGGGCAACAAGUGAAAAAUUGUUGCCCGCCCCGACCGGCCACGUACAUAAAUAAACAAAAUGGCGGCACAACUACGAUAAUUAGAAACUACGAUUUUCCAAGUUUGUGUUCAAAUAAAGAAUGUAAAAGGGAAGAAAAAUACAGAACAGGAAACAGGAUAUGCUGCCGAAACCGUUUAAGUAGGUUCUUUAAUUUUAAACUCGUUUACUCUAUAGAGUUUUUGCCACGAAAAACAAUUGUUGUAUACGGGAAUGUUGUUGAAGCUGAUUUUUGUUCGUUGCUAUAUAACAAAACACUUAAUGUCUGUUCCCUCGGGAAAUAGUUAGUUUUGUUUUCCCUCGAAUCUCAAUGUUUCCCUCGACUUCGUCUCGGGAAACAUUGAGACUCUCGGGAAAACAAAACUAACUAUUUCCCUCGGGAGCAGACAUUAAGUGUAUAUUAUUUUGAUCCUGUUUUGAUCAAAAGCAGCUUGCAUUCCGCCAUCUUGGAUAUGCAUUCGAUAUGAUGCGUCACAAGCAUAGAUAUCUUGCUUAUAUACACUAGAUAGCGCAUCUCAUUUAGUAAAAUUGAAGCCAAGAAUAUUCCAGCGGUUACCCCCAUUUGAAUAGAUGGCGGCCAUGUUGGUCGUUAAUAAACGCUUAAAAACAACAAUAACUUUCAUUAUUUGAAUAGUUUAGAAACGUAUUUGGAAUAGGGUUAACUUAAUGUUUAAUUUCCCUGUUUAAGAAAUAGAAAACAUACGAAUCUUCUCAUUUCAUGGGAACGACCUGAGACUGCAAUCACGGCUUCAAUUUUUGAAUUGCAGAAUAAUUAGAUGCACUAUGUAGUGUAUAUAAGAUAUCUGGUCACAAGUAGUUUAAAAAGCGAAAUUUUUAUCUUGCAAACCACUUGUCAUCAAUAUGAGACUAAGAAACUUUUCGAAGAAAUUUAGUCCCACAUGAAGAAGUUUUAACCCUGCUUGUGACGUCAUCAAAAACUCAGGUCAAUUAUGUCGAUUAUAAUACCAAGAUGGCGGACUGCACACUGUUUUUGGUCAAAAUAUUUCGAAAACCAAGCAAAGUACGAAAAGGUUGUAAAGGAUUUUCAUAUAUAAAAGUUCUUUCAAAUAAGACAAAGUUAAUUUUUAAAUUUAUUGCCAUAUUUCUAUUAAAACACCAUAUUGUAUUUGUUUUUACUAGGGUAUUACUCGAUAAGUGCCUUAAAUCUGGUAGUUGUAGCUAUAUGACGUGAUCACGCAAGGGGUCUGUUCUUAAAAUAUCAUUAAUGUGGGUCUCAUGUUGGGUAAUUGCAAUGUGUUAACGAAACUUAAACUUCUCAAAUAGGUAGGAAUGAUAAUUGAUUAAAAUAAUUAUAUGCGUGAAUGCAGUGCGAUAAAAUAUUUUUUUAAUUUGUUUAAAAUGAUUUCAAGAAGUAGAUGUAUAUAUUUAUAUUUUUUGUACAGACUUCAGUGAAAGUUUGUACAGCGUACUAGAUAGUUUUCUCAUUUACAUCAAAUAAUUUAUUUUGUAUAAAAUUAUUGUACAGAACUUCAGUGUAAGUUUGUGCAUGUUUUAUGAUAGCGGUAUACCUUACUCGUGCUUAAAUUCGCAUGGUAUUAGAAUUCGCGUAGACUACAGUGGCAGGUUUUCUACAGUAACACAGAAUACUGAAUGUCAGAAAAGCAAUUAGCGAUUACUCUUUGCAUGUGACAUUGGGCCAUCCAUUUAAUAUAGGCACACCCCUCCCCAUAUUGAGGGGUCCCUUCAUAAUCCCCUUAGGAUAUAAAAAAUUUGGAACCCCCUUGGAUGCAAUUUGUGGAAGUUGCCUCACAGGAUAUCUUACUAACCCCUUUAGGAUAUUGCUUUUUCCCUCUUGGAUAUGAGGAUAUCACCAAAACACCUAAUUUGUGCCUUUUUUUAAAAAAAAUAUCUCAAGCUACCCUCUAGGAAAAUUUAAGAUGAAGAUCCACUCCUCCCCCGAUGGAUAUCCAGACCCUUAAUAGAGGGGGGGGGGACAUAUUAAAUGGAUUGGCCCAUUAUCAAUAUUAACAACAAAUGUAUUGGCUAGUAUAUAUUAUAUGCAUCCACAAAAAAUGAGACUGCCCUGCCAAUUUUUUUCUUGGGAUUUGGAAAUUUCAGAAAGCAUUAAGUAUCGAAUGUCAUUGUAACAAAGAAAAACAUUAUUUCAUGUGAUAUUCUAGUUUUUGUAUCGUUUCAAAUUCAAAUUGCAUGCGUGAAAACAUCGCAAUUUGGGUGCGCGGAAUAAAAUCGCACGAAUUUAAAACCGAGAGAAAAUGAAUACCACGCGAAUGUAAAUGCGAGUAAGGUAUAUUUCAAAGCAAUAAUUUGCAAUUGAUGUAAUUUUUUAUAUUUGUACAGAACGUCAGUGCAUGUUUGUACGUUAUCACAGGAUACUAAAUAUUAAAAUAUCGCAAAUCCUCUAUUACUCCCCCUGUCGUAAACCACCUCUCUAACCCCCCCCCCUCCAAUUUUUGUAUACUCUAUUCCUGAGGAAGGCGUUUAAGCCUUCCCUCCUCCAUUAAGCCACCUUCCCCUUUACAUCGAAGAAGAUCAUUUGUACCUCACCUCUCUUUAUCAACCCUUCCCCCACCCUCUUUAUCAAGCCUCCCCCCGCCCUCUAUAGUAACCCCUCUACAGUAACCCCUCUCCCCUCUACAAUAACCUCUACAAAACAUGGCUGAAAUAAAAAAAGCACACCUACGCCCCACCCCAGGGGGGGGGGGCGGGCCUAAUAGAGGAUUUACGAUAUUACAAAAUAUUCUUCAGAAAAGCACAUGCAUACACUAAGAAUGCCAAGACGUACGUUGAAUGUACGCUACAUUAAGGGUACAGAAUUCCAGUGUGAAUUUGUACAUAUUUUAAUUAUUUCACAUUGUGUACCCAGCAUAGUUUAUACACCUUUGAAAAUCAGAGUGAAUUUUCUCAUCAAUUGUAUAGUGCUCCAGUGAGAGUAUGUACAGAGGACUGUAGAGUAAAUUAUUAUAGUUUUAUAUUGAAAAUUAUUUAUGCAGAAUACCAGUGUGUAUUUGUAUAUGCGUCUUCAUGCAAUCGUAAUCAGGAUGUUCUUUGGAAACUUGGCAAGUCUUGCAAAAAUAAAUCCCUGAAUAUUGCACUAUUGCGACUCAAAAAUAACGCACCCACAGUAACUCUCAAAAUUUUCACUAAAAUUAUCACUCCAGUUUAUGGGCAACUUUUCUCAGUUUAUUUAGUAAAGUUUCAAAUUUAUUUAAAAUUGUUUGUUCAAAAAUUCAUCACGCUGGCAAUUAAUUAUUCAGCACAUUUUCUCCCAGUACAGCAGGCUCCAUUUUUCCAGCGGACUUUCAAUGAAAAAUUGAAAACCUUACGUUUUACUACGUUUUACACAGAGCUGACAUUUUGUGUGAGAUGUCCGCUGACAAUUUUGUGUGAGAUGUCCGCUGACAAUUUUUUGUAAGAUAUCCGCUGACAAUUUUUUGUAAGAUGCCCACUGACAAUUUUUUGUAAGAUGUUCGCUGACAAUUUUUUGUAAGAUGUCCGCUGAUUAUUUUGUGUGAGAUGACAAUAUGAGCCCGCACGAGUGGGAGAAAAUUUCAAAAAUUGGUAAAUUUGCCCAACGUGCAUUUUCUCCACUAUGCACUAGUUGGGUAGACACUAACAAAAUGUUAGAACAAAAACUUUGCCAAGUUUCCAGAAAAGAUCUUGCUUGACUCCGUUCCUUUCUACCGUAAACAAUAUGUUGUAUUGAUAUUUAACCUUACAAGGUUGUUGUAGUAAUCGUGAUUGUAAUGUAAUGUAAUCACUGAUCUAAUAGUAGACUAUUAAUCAGUGAAUGUAAUGUAUUGGUCUUAAUAGUGGCACCAUUUCUUAUUAACCAUUUGUCCUUGUCAUCUCGUGCUGUUUUUUUCCUUCCGUUGUUUGCUCCGUACUACGAGUACUUUCAGAAUGCGGAUCUCGGAUUGCGGACCUCAGGAUCCCGAGAUACCGUUUUAUCCAGGUCUGUUAAUUUAUCUAAUUUUCUUAGUUCUAAUUGUUCUCCUAGAAAAAACUAGUGAGGACUUUAAUUUUGACCAUUCAAUAUAUACACUAGUUGCAGGGACGUGGUUAGUGUGACAGUGGAAAUCAAUCAGAAAAAGCUCUAUUAUAAUUAUUACACUUCCGGGAAUUUUUUAAAAUUGAAGUUCAAAUUCAGGUAAAGUCCUCCAACCCCCCUCCCCCCCCACACACACUUCAGAUGCUUCGCUACGUCCCUCUAGUUGCAAUAUGGUUAUAAAGAAAUGGCGCCAUGAACUGUUGUUAAAUGUUUUGUCAAAACUUUAGUUAGUUCUUGUUGAAGUUAUGCCGAUCAAAUGUAUUCCAAACUGUUCUCAAUAAAGAACAAAGAUCUCUAUUAUAA